UUAUGGCCGCGCGCCUACUUGGGCUGUACCCUCUUAAAUUUUAAUCAUUUCAGGCCUUAUUUUCCAAUGCCUUUAACAACUCGCUCAGUCUCCCCAGUAAAUUUAUCGCUUCAUCGACUCCCCGAUUCUGUCAAACAAGACGAACUUCAAUGCAUUACAAACGGAACAUUUGCAAAUUUAAUAAGACAAUUAAGUUCGCUAAGUCGACAUGCUCAACAAAUAUUUUCUGAUAUCCACAGGGAAGUAUUAAAAAUUGAUCAUAGAACAAACACUCUAUUUUUACGUGUUGAAAGGUUAGCUCAAAAAGUUGCUCAACAAUCACAAAAUUCGUUGGACCAGACUAAUUUGGAAGAAGCAGCAUUACGCAAAGCCUUUAAAAGCUGUAAUAUAAUUGACCAGCACUCUCUAAGUAGACAAACAUUGCCAACUUCUCUACAAGAGCAAUAUCAACAAUGCGACCCACCUCCAGAAUUAAACGAAUUAAAUCCUUAUAGAGAAGAUGAAAAAGAAGCUCUUCGUUAUUACACAGAUCCUGGCUAUUUUUUUGAAUUGUGGAGACAGGAAAUACUUAAAGAGUGUGGGACGUCUGGGGAGAAGAGGCGAACAGGUCGUUCACCAACAAGCCCUCAUCGCCGUAACCGUGACCAAAAACAACAAAAACUACACAACAUUUCCCAACAACAACAAAACGCUCUUUUAAACUUUCAUUCUUCACGUUCAACAAAUUAUUCACGUUAUCUACCUCCUGGAAAUAAUGGAAAAAAUUUGACCAGCAAAAAUCAGCGGACAGGACGUUUGCCUAGUUCUGCUACUGAAGUUUUACAUUUUCCAGCGGAAUAUCAGGCCCCACAAGCUUUGCUAGCUGAACGUGAAAUGAUGUCUAGUACAUCCACACCAAUGCAACCACCACCUGGAAUGACAAUAAUGAUGAAUUAUGGAUCAAAUAAUAAUAAUGAUUUUGGUGGGCAUAAUAUUUGUGGUGGUUUUGAUGGAGGGAAUAAUACUAAAAAUAAUUUUGUGGAGAAUAAUUCACAUGGAUUGUUUCGAAAUGUUUCAAAUACUACUACUACGGAUUCUAAUGGACAACAAGGUUUUUAAACAUUUAUUUCUAACAGUACGUGUAGGAACGGGAUUAAUUUUGGAAGAAAUUGGGUAGCCUUGGUGAGGGAAGUCAUUUUCCUUUUUCCUCUCCUUCAAUUUGCAG